CCUCUGUUUGGUACAUGGCCGAAACGCGUACAAGGCUGCGUGCGUAAUGCAAUGCAGAAGGGGCUUCGACAAUCGAAUUCCCCGCAUCUUUGUAGCCAAGGCCGCGCAAUACCAACCACGGCAAGAGUCAGGAUCUACCGGAAAACAGCAGACACACAGUAUCGUCGCCAUGAGUCCCCCAACCGAGUCGUCGCCGUUGCUGCAACAUGAGGCCGAGUCUGCUGAGGAGGCAGCGCCGCCAUUGCGACCAAAAGGUAGCUGGUUGCGAUGGCCAAAGGUCACCAAUCCACAGGCUAUCAACGGGAUGCAGAUGUUUGUCAUCUUCACGCUCACCUUCUCGGCGCUGCUCGCGUCCGUUCCUCAGCUCCAGCUGCUCGAAGGCGCCAUUUGCAAAGAAUACUAUGCCGCUAGAUCACCAUUGGAGGCAGAUGAACCCCGACCGUGCAAGAUUCCGGCCGUUGAGGCGCGCUUAGCUAGACUAACGGGGAUAUCGUCCACGCUAGGGAUUGCUGCGGAGCUGGUCAUGGCAUUACCAAUGGGCAGAUUGGCAGACCGCAUAGGCAAGCGACCGAUUAUGAUCUGGGCCGUCGUGAGCUACAUGCUGACCUCUAUGUGGACGUCGGGUGUGCUUUGGUUUUCCGAUCGAUUGCCUGUGUCGCUCAUUCUGGGGAACUUUGUCCCAUUGCUACUUGGUGGUGGUGAGACGGUGCUUGUUUCGAUGCUCUUUGCUAUGACAGCCGAGAUUGCCCCGUCUGCGCUCCGAGCAAACUACUUUUUGCAGCUCAGUGUGGGCAGCUUCCUAGGCCAAUCGCUCGCCUCACUGGUCUCCUCUGUACUCCUCAUCAAGGGCUAUACAUGGCUCCCUAUCCUUUUGAGUUACAUUAUACCACCCAUCGGUCUAAGCAUCCUUGUUUUUUACCCUGAGAAACGUCGCUUGCCCCAUCAACAAGAAACGCCAGCGGAUGAACCCAGCCCUGGGGACAAGGUGACUCUCAAGCAUCGUUUCACAGCUGCGGUGCGUGCGGCCGGCAGCACUGUCUCCAUCAUCAGCUCUCCAUCAGCGGCCUUUAUCAUGUUUAGCUUUCUGCUUGUUAGCCCUGUCACAAUGUGCGUUGCAACGUUACUUCUGCUACUUGUAAGGAUGCGAUUUCAUUGGAGCUUCGCCCAGGCUGGCCUUCUUCUGUCGAUUCGAGGAUUUGGCAACAUUUUUGUGUCUCUUGUCUUCAUCCCUAUCAUCACCAAGAUACUCAUGUCCGAUCGGUUCCGGUUUCGCUACUCUACAGCUCAGAAAGACUUGAGCCUUGCCAAGGUCUUCGUGCUGCUUUUGACAGUUGGGACAGCACUAGUCACCGUACCAGCCAUACCCGGCGUUAUAACAGGCGUAAUCAUCGUCACAUUUGGCUAUGGUUGGCUCGCAAUGUGCCGAUCGCUGAUGGUGGUCUUUAUUGAUGAAUCUCAACUUUCCCAGCUGUAUAGUCUAAUCAGCAUGGUGGAGGCCAUCGGAACACUCCUCGCCCAGCCUAUUCUAAGCGGUCUUUUUAGCAUCGGUCUUGAGCUGGGACCACCAUGGGAAAUUUUGCCAUUUACGGUGACUACUCUACUCUGUCUAUUGGCAGCGUGUCUUCUUUUCUUUGUUAGGCUGCCAACUUUGGGAAGUGGGAACCUUGUUUAGAGCCGCAGAACGCCGUGCACGGUGAACAUUGCAUUGACGAGGUUAAGGUUAUUUAAUGACUAUGAUGACUUGUACCCUUUGUAUGUUCGUUAUGUAAUCGUAAUUGUUCGCCUCUCAUGUCGAGAGUUUCAUCGGUCGCAACCUCUUUACCCGGGGGCUGGUUGGCACGAGCCUUGGGACUUCUUUCCAGAGCCCACUCCAUGAUGGCUGGAAAGUUCUUGCACGUAUGCAUCACUUUAAAGUCUGGAGCCCACAGCUCUGCCGUUUCAUACCAAGUUUCUGUCACGGGCGUUACAUCUGCAUUACACAUGAUGGCCUGGCGGAUGUAGUUGAGACAGUGUUCUGCGCCAGUUAGCUACUUAGACGCGGAUCGGGUGUUAGUCAUCGUACCCCAAUGCAUUGUAUUGACGUCACCCUCUUCUUUGGGAGUGUAAUAAUCUGGAUACAGCUGCUUCCGUAGCAUGUUCUAUGCCCAAGUUAGAUCAACGAGAGGUUGUGUGCAAAGCGGUGGUGUACUAUACCAAGCAAUGGAGCUGGUGAAAAACAUCCAGGCCGGCCUUCCAAUAACCACGAAUGAGAGUUGUCUCAUCUCUCACCGAGUCGGCUUCGUCUCCUUCUAAUAAAAUAGUGGAAGCUAUAUAUCAUCCGUUAGCAUCGUGUAAAGACUGAGCACGAAUAGCAUGAGGAGGCAUAGGGGGCCAUACCUGAUUCCAAGUGAUCCCAUAAGCGGUCCAUUUCUGGUGUCGGCGUUCCUACCCAUACAUUUGCAUCUUUAUAUGUUUCGAUUAUGAGCUGACCCGUCUGAUUGUAAAGCAAAGCGCCAUCGAAGACCGUCUCUUCCAGGCGAAUAACAGAUUGGAGUGCUCCUAUAGAUGAAUAAGCGAGAAGGUCACACAUUAAACUGAAUCGAGGG